ACUCGUAGUUUCCCAAGUUGUUUAGAAUGAUGCCAUGAAACUUCUAUGUCAGGAUCAGAUUCAAGCAUUCUUCUCAGUAGAAAAAGAGAAGAGAAGAUGAAUGAUUUUAUCUUCAUUUUGAGCGAAAUGAAUCUAAGAUGUCUAAGACUCAAUGUAUCGGUAAAACUGAAAAUUCUUUAGAGGAAGCAGAAGAGCAAGGUGAUAUCCUACAAGCUGAUGGACUAGCAAAAGAUGCAGAUCUUGAUUCUACUUAUGAUUCAGUCGAAUCAUCACUUAUUAUACAAGAAUCUGAAAGGGGUACUGAAGAUGAGAAUGCUCAGAACCAUACGGAAGCAAAAUCUGAUGGUGUAGAUACAGAAGCAGAUAUUGAGGUAGAAAAUGUGGAUUCCCCUCCUCUGGCUGGAGCGAAUGCCAUGAAUGUAAUAGUAGUUUCCGCGGAAUGUGCUCCUUGGUCAAAGACAGGAGGGCUUGGAGAUGUAGCUGGGACUCUGCCAAAAGCUUUGGCUAGGAGAGGGCACCGGGUUAUGGUUGUUUCCCCAAGGUAUGCCAAUUAUCCUGAAUCCAAAGAUAUAGGUGUUCGCAAAUAUUACAAAGCUGAUGGGCAGGAUCUGGAAGUAAAUUACUUUCAUGCUUAUAUUGAUCGUGUGGAUUUUGUAUUUAUCGACAGUCCAGUUUUCCGUCAUCUAGAGAACAACAUUUAUGGGGGAGACCGGCUGGAAAUCUUGAAACGGAUGGUAUUGUUAUGCAAGGUAGCUGUAGAGUAUGCCAGGUCCAUCUUGGUGAUCCACAACAUAUCUCACCAGGUGGACCUUAACCAAGCAAUUUCAAUGGUAUCGUACUAUGCUUCUUCGUCUGAGCCAGCCCAAGUCCGUGGAAAAACUGUCUAUAUCCAGUAUUCUAACAGGCAAGAAAUUACAAAUAACAAGAGUGGUGGUGAUGUUCCUGGGAAUGUCUUGCUUGUCACUAUUGAAGGUGUUGAAGCUGGUGAUGUAAGCAUAGAUGUCAUUCAUUCGGUGUUUUCUGCCUUCGGUUUUGUGCAUAAAAUUGCCACAUUCGAAAAAGCUGCUGGGUUUCAGGCAUUAAUCCAGUACACGGAUGCAGAGACUGCGGCAAGUGCAAGAAAUGAGUUGGAUGGAAGAAGUAUUCCAAGGUACUUGCUCCCUGAGCAUAUUACAUCUUGCCAUUUGCGUAUCUCAUAUUCAGCCCACACAGAUUUAAGUAUCAAAUUCCAGUCGCAUCGGAGCAGGGAUUACACAAAUCCCUUUCUUCCUGUGAAUGCGUCAGCUAUUGAGGGAACUCUGCAGGCUUUGCCAGGUCAUGAUGGAAAGAAAAAGGAGCCGGAGAGCAAUGUUCUUUUAGCUUCUAUAGAGAAUUUGCAAUAUGCUGUGACAGUUGAUGUUCUUUAUACAGUCUUCUCUGCUUUUGGUAUUGUGCAGAAAAUUUUAAUUUUUGAGAAAAAUGGUGGCAUGCAGGCCUUGAUACAGUAUUCUGAUGUGAUGACUGCGUCAGUUGCCAAGGAGGCUUUGGAGGGACACUGCAUCUAUGAUGGUGGUUACUGUAAGCUUCAUCUGACAUACUCUCGUCAUACUGAUCUCAAUCUUAAGGUGCAUAAUGAGAGAAGCAGAGACUACACUAUUCAGGACACUGGUGUACCAAUGAUGUCCCAAGCUCCUGGUUUACCCACCACUUCUGGGUGGCAAGUUUAUCCCCAGCGAACAUCCACAUACGUGGGCAGUGAUUUUGGAGCUACAGGACAAGCAACAAAUCCUCAGGGUCAAAUGUUGACAUGGAAUUCUAGCACGUCAGGUGGAAGCUUUGUUUCAGAGCCUAACUUGUACCCAGGUCAAACCAUUGCAACUGCUCCUGUUUCUCAUUACCCAGUUUCAGCAAACACCUCCAGUGCUACUGCUGGGUCACUUCAAGCUUCACAGAACUCAUCACCUUAUGGUGUUAUGCCGAAUACAAGGCCUGCUUCUUCACCAACCACUCGACCUUUGUACUACAGUUCAUAAGCUGCAUCUUCUGACAAUUCUCUAGGUAUCCAGACUCUCCCAUCAGUGAAGUUGCCAUGAGAUUUAUGAUACUCUGCACCAGUCUGCUCUUUCUCGGCUUCACUCAAGCUAUGGAACUUUGGAACUGCAGAAGAUAGCCUACUGCUAGGUCUAUAAUUCAAUUGUACAACAUUAGGCUUUUGUGGUUUGAUGUGGUGACUGGAUCUGCCUAGAAGAACAUGUUAUUUCUUGGGUUCUAAAUGAUUAAAGCCGCACUUCCAGCUUCAGAAAGAUGUUUUCCCUUCAUGUUCAAAGUCUAUGGAUGUGUCAAUUGUCGAUAACAUUAUCGAUUUAAAUCUGCGAUCCAGAUGAGUAGUUGCUUCU